AUGUGGUCGUUUCAGCAGCAGUCCUCUUUAGCUCUGCAGCAGCAGCAGCAGCUGUUGCAGCAGCAGCAGCAGCAACAGCAGCAGCACUUGCUGCAGCGUCAGCAGCAGAACUACGGCUGCUCUUCUCUCCACAAAGACGGUCCGUAUCCCCCCUCUAAACACCACCACCAGCAGCAGCAGCAGCUGCUGCAGCAGCAGCAGCAGCAGCAGCAGCAGCAGCAGCAGCACUGUCUCCACUCCCCCAAGCUGCUGCACCAUGCUCCUCAGUCUCUAGGCAGCAGCAGCAGCAGCAGCAGCGGCCUCGCCUCCCGCCAGACCUCCUGCGGGCCCAGCCGCUCUCUCAGCAGCAGCGAAGACAUCACGAGGCCCCACAGCAGCAGCAGCAGCAGCAGCAGCAGCAGCAGCAGCAGCAGGAGUGGCAGCAAUCUGGGGUUCUCUCUUAACCCGGAAGGGUCCUUCAGACAUAGCAACAGCAGCAGCAGCAACAGCAGCAGCAGCAGCAGCAGCAGAGCCAAUCUAAUACAUCCUUAUCUUGAUGCUUCUCUACCACAUACCGACGAUGCAUUUGCUGCUGAGCUGCAGCAAGACUCAUCAGCAGCAGCAGCAGCAGCAGCAGCAGCAGCUUUCUCUGGCGAAUCUAACCCUCUCCCCCCCGACGAGCUGCCCUCUUCUUCCCUUCACGAGCAUGCAGACGAAGGGGGCCCCCUGGGGGCCCCCCUUGGGGGCCCCCGCCGCCCCCUUUCGUGGUUGUGGUUUGUCUACGGGUUUCAUGGGGGGCCCCCAGGGGGGCCCCUCUUAUCUGCGGCUGAAGGUGAUAGCGGGGCAAUGGGGAGAAGCCUAUCAACCUCAGCAGCAGCAGCAGCAGCAGCAGCAGCAGCAGGAGCAGGAGGAGCAGCAGGAGGAGGCACAUCAGCAGCAGCAGCAGCAGCAGCAGCAACAGCAGCAGCAGCAGCAGAUGCAGGAUACCUCACACUCACCAUGGGCUCUACCCUGGGGGCCUCCAGCGCCCUGCAGCCCAGCGACGUCUUCAGCAGGAUGGAGGUUGCUGCGGUGCCAGAGGGCUGCUCCAGUACUGCCGUCGGGUCUCAUGUCUUGCUGCAGCUGCAGGAGAGCACGCAGCAGCAGCAGCUGCAGCAGCAGCAGCUGCAGCAGCAGCAGCAAACAGACUCUGCGCGAGCUGCUGAAGCUGCAGCAGAGGCAGCAGCCCGAGAAGCAACUGCAGCAGCAGCAGAUGCAGCAGCAGCAGCAACAGCAGCAGCAGUUGCAGCAGCAAGCUCAGCUUCAGCUGAAGCAGAAGCUGCAGCAAUUGAGGCUUUAGCAGCAGCAAAGGAAGUGGCAGCAGCAGCAGCAGCGAAGACGCACCCCUAG